GUGAGUAUAAAAAGCUGAGCGCAACAAUCAACACGAGUCAGAUUCUCGGCGUUUGUCUUGUAACUUGGAAAGCCUCUUCCUCAGACUCGGAUUUAAACAAAAAAGUGAAAAAAUGAAGUUGCUAGUGGUUCUGAUUUGUGUCGUAGCAACAGCAACGCCGGCGUCCAUCACAACCAUUCAAACAAAACUCGCCGAGCCCGAUAUUGCAUCAUCAUCGAGGUCUUCAGCAGGUGUAGCUCGUGCGGUCUGGUCUAAUUGCCGAGGGAAAAGACUUGAUACACUCACGCUCAAUAAAUACAUAACGCCUCAAGAAUGCAUCGAAAUGGGCGGUGAUUGCUGCGGCAUCAACGCCGACGGAAUCAUGAACGGAAGCGAUGACCCGAAGACUAUGUCGACUACCAGUGGAAAUUGCUACACUUGUCACAGCAGCACCACCAAAGUGAAAUGCACUGGGAAUUUGGUGAGAAGUCAGCACGGGUUUACCGAAGAUUGGUGGAUCAAUUCCAAAAACUGCGUCAAAGCUGGCGGACUUUGUUGCGACGGAGCCAAAACCUUGGCGAAUCCUGCCGUCUUUGAUCCUAACGAGUACCUUGACGCCGAUUUUUGUUUGAAUUGUUACUCGGGCUCCGCCCAGAACCGAACAGAAAUGGAGGGCAUCUGGGAAACGGUGGUGACUUCCUGCUCCGGCCAACUGCUGGCCAACAACAACUACAGAGCCAGCGACUGCGUGUUUUUCGGUGGCCAAUGCUGCGACGACGAUACGUCGACCGACCCUAAUAUGGGUGGCAGUGCCUUCAGGGCCUCGACGUUCCCAGAUGCCAAAUGCAAUAGCUGCUUCGAUGGCGAAGCAACCCAACUCUAGACGGAUGGCCAGGUUGAGACCGCGAAGGAAACAACAUUUUCUCUAUUUGAUAUUCCUGGGCAAACAUUCCUCCGCCGAAAUGCCGUGCCAAUCUCUUUAAGUUAUUUCUUGUCUGUUAUAUCCACUGAAUUGCGCGAUCGAGUUGAUGGACUCGCCAUGGUGAGAAAGUCAAAAGUAAAUGCCACUCACCUUUCUUAAAUUGUCUAGUUGGCUGUUUCCAAUUUCCAUUUCAAUUUCGCCGAUUUCACGCCCGAUCACAAAUGCAGAUUCUUCCUACAGAAAAUAAAUUUUUGACAUUA